CAUGCUUUACAGUAAAAGAAACUGAAAGUCAGAAAACUCAGAGCAACAGAAAGCACUGCUGCAGUCUGGACAAGUCUCUCUCUCUCUCUUUCUCUCCAAACAACUUCAGGUGGACGGUACAACAGAUGCUCUGAGUACAAACAUGGCAACAGCCAGCAGUCUCCUCUCUGAAGAUCAGUUUCUGUGCUUCAUCUGUCUGGAUGUGUUCACUGAUCCAGUCACCAUACGAUGUGGACACAACUUCUGCAAGAAUUGCAUCACAGAACACUUUAACGUUAAUGUCCAGAGACAGUGUCCCAUGUGUAAAGAACUUUUUGACAGAAGACCUGAACUUCGGGUCAACACUUUUAUAUCCGAGAUGGUUGCUAAGUUCAGGCAGUCCGUUCAAAAGAAGACCUGCAGCAGUCCAGAGGAGCAACAUGCCAACACAGGAGAAGUUCUCUGUGACGUCUGCACUGGAACCAAAGCGAAGGCCCUAAAGUCCUGUCUGGUGUGUCUGGUCUCCUACUGUGAAGCUCAUCUGGAGCUUCACCAGAAAGUCACAGUUAUGACAAGACAUAAGCUGAUUGAUGCUGUGGAGAACCUGGAAAGCAGAAUGUGUAAGAGGCAUGAUAGACCACUGGAGCUGUUUUGUAAGACUGACCAGAUGUGUGUGUGUCAGUUCUGCGCCGAGUCAAGUCACAAGCUUCAUCUUAUUGUUCCUCUGUUAGAAGAAUAUAAAGGAAAGAAAGCUGAGCUGGGAAAGACAGAGGCCGGAGUUCAGCAGAUGAUCCGGGAGAGACAGCUGAAGAUUCAGGAGCUCAAACAGUCAGUCAAGCUCAGCCAGGAAGACGCCGACAAAGAGACAGCUGCCAGCGUGCAGGUCUUCACUUCUCUGAUAACGUCUGUUGAGAGAAGUCUGGCUGAGCUCAUUGACGUAUUUACAGAGAAGCACCAAACGAUAGAGAAACGGACCGAAGGCUUCAUCAAAGAGCUGGAAGAGGAAAUCGCUGAGUUGAAGAAGAGAAGCUCAGAGCUGGAGCAGCUUUCACGUACUAAAGACCACCUACAACUCCUCCAAAGCUUCCCGUCUUUGAACCCUGCUCCGCCCACCAAAGACUGGACAGAGGUCAGAGUUCACUCAUCAUAUGAGGGGACGAUGAGGAGAGCUUUGGCUCAGCUGGAGGAGACACUCGGCAAAGAGACGAAGAAGCUGUGCGGUGUUGUCGAGCUGAAGAGGGUUCGGCAGUUUGCGGUGGACGUGACUCUUGAUCCCGAAACAGCCAAUCUAUAUCUUAUCCUGUCUGAUGAUGGGAAGCAAGUCAGGCUUGGUGAUAAAAAACAGAAUCUUCUAGACAACCCAAAGAGGCUGUCUUGUAAUUCUGUCUUAGGAAAGCAAAGUUUUUCUUCAGGAAGAUUUUACUAUGAAGUUCAAGUCAAAGGGGAGACUGCCUGGGCUUUAGGAGUGGCCAGAGAGACAAUCAACAGGAAGAAAAUCUUCUUAUCAUUGUGCCCUGUGAACGGCUUCUGGACCGUGUGCUCCAGUGUUGGAAAUCAGUACAAAGCUCUCGCUGACCCUUCAAUCCCUCUCGUUCUGAAGUCUCGGCCUCAGCAGGUGGGGGUGUUUGUGGAUUACGAGGAGGGUCUGGUCUCCUUUUAUGACGUAGAUGCUGCAGCUCUCAUCUACUCCUUCACUGGCUGUAACUUCACUGAGAAGCUCUACCCAUAUUUUAAACACUGCGAUUAUGAUGAUGGUAUGAACUCAACUCCCCUAAUCAUUUGUUCUGUCAAUCACAGUGGUUAGACUAACCGUAGCAGGAAUAAUUGGCAUGUGAGUGACCUCAAUUGCUUUCUUUAUAUGUUGAGAUUUUUGCGUUUUUUUUUAAUUUGUAUUUUGGUUUCUCAUUACUGCAGAAAUUUCACAAUUUGCCCAUUAUUGUAAGUGUUUCAAUGGGUUUUCCAACCUGCAAAAAAAAGAAUUCUCAAGUAAAUAUUGCAUUCCUUUAAACUGUACAUUUAUAAACUGUAAAACUCUUCAAGUGCAUUACAGAAUCCCUAAAGGGUACCUUUGUCUUCCGAGGGUUAGUGCACUGGGUUACACUUUACCUGAAGGUAUCUACAUAAGAGUGACAUGACACUGUCAUGAACGUGUCAUAAACAUUAUAAACAAGUCAAACGUUUAUGACAUUACACAUCUUUAGAUACCUUCAAGUAAAGUGUUACUGUGCACUGUUGGUUCUGCUCCACUUGGAGGCGCCACUUACUUUAAUUUCUUUUUCUGUAAAAGCAAAAGUGUUUUAAACUGCUAUAUAAGUAAAGGCCAUCAUUACUGUUAUUUGACCUGUUUUUGGUGAUGUAACAUUUUUCAGUAACUAUUGUAGUUUUUGUAAUGAAAUCAGUAUAUUUAUGUAAAUGAUCAACUACACUGUGAGUCCCAUUCAUCACCAGUGGAGAUAUUUGAGGAAUAUUCUCUUGCUGACUUGUUCCUAAUCAUGUGAGAGAGCAAUUAUUCCUGGCAUAUAGAUAUUUUGUAGUUGAGUAUGGGUUAGGGGGUUAGGGUUAGGGGUUAGGGUUGAGUCAGCCUUCUACUCUCUGUCAGUUUAACAAAAUUAUUGGUCUUUGAUGUAACAGAUUAUUAUUGAAAAGGAUUAGGACCACAUGUAUAAAUAUAUUUAAGUUCUGAGAAUAAAUUCAGAAUUCUGAGAUUUAAAAAAAUCAUAAUUCUGACUUUAAUCUCAGAAUUCUGACUUUACACUCAAAUUAAUGAUUCACAUGUGGACCUUAUCGUCUUCCGUCAGCCUAUGGAUUUAGUUUAAUGUUUUGCUUUCUUGCCUGAGAAGACAACAAUUCAUUUACUGAAAUGUCUUAUCAAAGAUGCUAAACGCUCGGUAUGCAGUGAUAUGACUGACAUGUGCACAGAAUACUAAUACGCACGUAAUAUGUACAUUUAUUGGAAAAUACUGUAGUACUCCUCAUCAUUUGACCUAAGAUAGUAUUGCUUAUUAGUUGUGGGAGUGGAUGGUUUGUCUUAUUACGUUUACUGUUUGAGGAAUGAUGUUAUUCAAGUGCUGCGUCAUAGUCAAAACAGGUUUAAACAUCCAUCGACUGCAGCGAUCUAGGGUUAAGGUCACAGGUACUUAGCUCUGUGUGUUUGUGUAACAAAGUAUCACUCCUCUUGAUCCCUCUCGGAAUCUGAUAAAGGUUUUUUCCAACGUCGGGAGCUGGCAUCACAUGCAUUAGAGGUGGCGGCGCGUGCCAUUUUACGUCAUCGAGAUGUCAGAGUUCAAGUUCAGGUUGUUGUGGAGUUGUUGGAUGCGUACGCACCACUUUUGGCAUAAUGCCAGAGCCUGAAAGUGAUGUAACUUAUGUAGUAUCCUAAAGGAAAUGAAUUCGGCACCAAGCCAAACAUCUGCGCUGGACUGUCAAAAGAUUCCAUAUUACUAAAAAGGGCAUUUAUUGACAUUUUGACUCUGUCACAGCACAAAAUGACUACACUACAUCUGCUGAUAGGACGGAUCGAUACCACUGACUCCAUGUUUACUUCAUCAGCUCCUGACAUUUCAGUCUUUCGGGCAAAAACACCUGCGUGCUUAGGUCGAGGCAAACUUUAGUGCAAGUCAAAUGAGGCUCAGUUGGUCCUAACGCGUGCCAAGACAAUAUUUUCCACACCAACAUCAGCCUGUGGAACCGUUAUGCUGAUUAUAUGAACGCCUGUGGAAAGUUCCCAGCAGGGCAGCUUUAUAUGGGGAAUGGAACCACUACAAGUGGAAUUACAAAUCCUGCUAUACUCCAAGUUGCUUUAGUCUUGUCUUUUUAAAUUGUGAUUCAAACGCUCAAUGGUCUUUUAAGCUCCCAACGUCUCCUUCAAGGCAGCACUGCGACCGUUGACUUCAAAGAACCUAACCCUAACCAUAACCAUAGCCUAAUCCUAGUGCCUUCCAGACAGCACUGCCUGGAAGGAGAUGUUGGGGGCUUAAAACACAGAUAAACGAUUCAAACAUUAAUUUAAUCAUUUAUUUAAUCAUCUCAGUGAGCAGCCUUUUUCCUAAUUUUGCAUUUUCCGAGUAAGAAAUGUAGGGUACGCCGGUGUUAUUCGGGUUUUAGAGGCAUUCUUUGGACACGUAUGCAGCGCAUUCGGAAUCUGUGUCUCAAUCGGGGUUUUUACCGCAGUUUGUGACAGUUUACAGCAAGGCUGCGGUGGAGAUGCCUGAACCAAAAAGCAAAGAAGGAGACACGCAGCUACUUUUAAACAUGAUGAAAGACUCGGAUAUCAACAGCUUUUUGGAUUUGCCCAAACAUCGCAACGCCAAACUUUUCAAGAAUGAAUAAAUAAAAGAGGGAGAAUGUGUUUGCACGGUCGAACAAGUCCCCCCACCUGUGGCAAAAACUUUGAAAAAUCCUAUUUAGCACGGCUGCAUGUAAACAUGAAUAUUACAAACAGACUAAGAUGUACGUGCAAACCUAGUCAGUGAGAUUGAGAUCAUUGAAUAUAUAUAUUAUGAGCCUACAUUUGAGUAAUACUCAGAUUCUCAUUUUAUGAUUUUUAGGGGAGAGCAGGGGCAAAAGUACCAUUUUUCAGAAAAACAUAUUUUUAAAAGAUAUUGUUUUAGACAGAGAUAUAUUUUUGCUGUGGUCAAUAACUCACAAGUGUGGUCUAUCAAUACCAGGUGGUAUUUUGUACAAAUGUCGAAUGACUUCAGUAUAAUUUCACUUUGAACAUAAGUUGCACAUUGUUACUUUCGACCCCAUCAGUAGGGACGAAAGUAACACACAGGUGGGUCAAAAGUAACACAACAAUACAAGCUAGAUUUUUUUUAUUACUCUUGUUUUCAUUAAAUAUAUCUGACUAUAACUUUGUUAAUAUGUAACUGCAAA